GCCUUGCCCACCUAGGGAGGUCGAUACGCAAACCUUUGGGAUCUGGAAAGGCAGACAUGCCAUUCACGAUCGAGUCCAGCAUGGCGUCUUUUUGCUCCCUCUUUGCCUCCGAGGCCAUAAAAGGUUGUGGGGAGGAUUUGCUGCAGCUGCUCAACUCCCUUUAAUCACUCGUCUUAUCAUUAGACGUACCCUUUUCUACUCGGAAGCAAUGGCGCCUACAAGACAAGUUGACGUCUUGACUCUCACAGCCGUCGAACUUCAGCGGCUGCUGACCGAGAACGAGAUUACCAGUGAAGAGACUGUGGAACUAUAUCUCGCCCAGAUCGCAAAACACAACAAGGCUGGCCUCCAGCUCAAUGCCGUAAUCACGGUAGCCGACCGCAGCAAGCUCCUCGCCCGCGCACGGCAACUUGACCGAGAGCGACAGCAGGGCAAGAUCAGAGGCCCUCUUCAUGGAGUGCCCUACAUCAUCAAGGACUCUUUCACCACCGUCGAUAUGCCCACCACAUGUGGCUCGUUUGCCCUCAUGGCAGCCAAGGCCAAAGCCGACGCCAACAUCAUCAACACGCUAGCCGAUGCGGGUCUCAUCCUCCUUGCCAAGGCAAACCUGAGUGAGUGGGGAUAUGCCAAGGGAGUGGGGCUCCAGUGCGGUUGGUCGGCUGUCGGGGGCCAGACUCAGUCGCCGUAUGUCAAAGGCGGCGUGACUCCCGAUGCAACAUUCUACACGACCUCGGGGCCCGGCGGCUCGUCGUCGGGCAGCGCUGUUGCCGUGGCUGCGGGCUUUGCGCCGUUAUCUAUAGGGACUGAGCUCGACGGCUCCAUCAUCGGGCCCGCGUCGCGGGCCGGCGUGUACGCCAUCAAGCUCACGCCCGACAGCGUGGACCACGCGGGCACCCAGCCCGGCGCGCCGGGGUGUGACAGCCAGGGCCCCUUUGCCAAGACAGUCUCGGACGUGGCCACGCUCUCGGCCAUCAUGCAGCUCCACGAUCCCGGCCACUACCACCCGCUCCCCAGCACCUGGGACGGGCUCAAGGUCGGCGUCGUCGACCCCGCCCUGUGGCGGCUGCCCUCGUUCGUGACCGAGCACGUCGACGACUUUUUCCAGCAGACGGACGCCGCCACCGAGGCGGCGCGGGAAACAAUUCAAGCGCUGGGUGGGAGGGCCGUCAAGGGGCUGCCUCUGCCGACCUGGGAAGAGAUUGCGCUAGCCCUGCCGGAUCCGCAGUUUGGCGAUAUAGACGAUCUUUGGCCCUACGCCAUGAAAGCCAACUUCUCCCGGUACCUGUCGCUGUUCGAGGGCGCGCCGCAGACCCUCGAAGAGGUCAUCAAGUUCAACCUCGACCACGCCGACAUUGAGUUCAACGCGCAAAACGACAACCAAAAAGGCCUCGAAGCCGUCCGCGACACGACCAUCACGCAGGAGCAGUACGAGCGCAACUUCGCAGCGCUGCGCGAGUUUGCGCGCGCUAGCGUACACAAGGUCCUGGCCGCGCACGAUGUAGACGUCAUCCUCGCGCCCGGCGACUCCAUGCUGGCCGCCGUCGGCGCCGCUGGCGGCUUCCCCAUCGGCAACCUGCCGCUCGGCUUCGCCCGAUUCAACGGCCGCGCCUUCUCGCUGUUCGCCCUCGCCCCCGCCGGCUGCGAGGCAGCUAUCUUGCGUGUCAUGGCCGCGUGGGAGGCGACGUUUUCGGAGGGUGUCCGGCCGUCACCGUUGCUAUUAGAGACGUAAUCAGGGGGUUCAGGUUUUUGUUGUUUUGGUUUCAUCUUUCUUCUUCUCUCACCUUUUAUAUUUUUGUUUUGUUUUGCAUGAUUUCACGUCUACUUUCUUCUUUAGGACCUUUGCGGCAUUCCAGCUUGGAAGCACAUGAUAAGACAUGGGUCAGAUUCCCAGUACGCGAGCCGAACUUGAACCCUCGUCGACAUAAUUAAUUACAUCUAUCUAUUUAGCCUGUUUAACAUGUCCUAGAGUCUGCGGCUAGGGG